CAGCCAGCCAACUGCUCGCCGUCAGGCCGGAAACCGUGACCCAGCCUCGCGAGCAGGAGGCCGAACCUCAAUCGAUGUCUAGUGCCAGUAGCCGAUGGCCUGACUUCCGCCUCGCAUCGACACUGCGAUCACUCAUAGGCUCGCAGUCUGGCAGGCUCGAGCAACUGGCACCAGCGCAACGCGAAGUAGCUGCAUUGUCUCGCCAGGGAGAAGACAACGCGUCGGCUCACGGCCUCCAGGGUAACGCAAAUCACCUUGCCAUGGCCCAUCUCGACAACCAGAUGCCCGAGGGCCUGGGCGGCUUUCCCGGCGAUGGCAACGAGGACGGCUCCUUGGCCGGCGACGAUGUCGACUUUGGCGCGCUGGAGAUGUUCGACAGCAACGCGAGCCAGGCCUUUUCCUCCCAGGCCAACGCGCCCUUCCCUUCGAGCGGGCACGCGCCCGAGGCUAUCAUGUCCGAGGACCAGGUGGCGCCGACGUCCUCGAAAAAGUCGAAGCGCGACAAGAAGCAUAGAAAGAAGAGUUUCUCGGACGACGCAGGGCUCUCUCAGUCUGUCCUUGAGGAUGAGGGUGGCAAGAAGAAGCACAAGAAAUCCAAAAGGCGAUCGACGCGCGAGCUAGAGGACCCCAGCAGCCAGGCUCAGGCCGUUGCCUUGUCGAGCGCAGAUGCCGUUGCCCCGGCUGGUGCUGACGACCCUGGCCAAGGCCUCGAAGCGGUAGCCGCGUCGCUCGACCUCAAUGGCGACGACGGUGCGGUGCCUCCGUCGACACAUUCCAAGAAGAAGCGAAAGCUGUCCGACUCGACCGACCGCAAGCGACACAAGAAACGACGGUCCCACGGGCAGGAAAGCGCCGAAGGAGAUGGUGCGGCCGCAGCCUCGACGGGCUUCUUGCACCGGAAAAAGGACAAGGGCGUGUCGGUGGAAAGGGCCAUCGAGGAGGAGCAGGCGCCCGAUUCGGAUCCGCAAAGGUCGCCCACCGUCGCCCACCUUCGGCGUCGCAGCCAGUCCCGCGAGGCCCGGUCACGAGAGAAUAGCAUUCCUCCUGCGAGCGCCGAGCAAAUGGACAUUGACCUCGGCGAACCCGAGCACCACGCUGCUCGCGCUGACUCGAUGGACCUUUACCCUGACGUCGAGGCUCUUGCUCGGGAGGCCUGGAACGAGCAUAGGAACGGUCAAAAGGCGCUCGCAGACGCGCAGGAAGAACAGGUCCUGGCCGCAGAGGAGCAGCUCCAACCCGAGCCCUCGCAGGACGCCCAGGCAACGACACACUCGCCCCGGAGAACACGGUCGACGCGGAAAAAGGCCAAGCCCACCUUCUUCGAGCAGCCCCCGCCAGAGAUUCCCGACGAUGACGACGCGAACCGCGAUGCAUUGGGGGAGCUGCCGUCUCCGACGGCCCUGACGCCGAAGCCUAGGAAGCGGGCCAAGGCGGCGGCCAAGAAGACGUCCAAGGGUCGCAAGCCGAAGCGAGAAAAGCUGUCGCAGUCGAUGCGCGGAGGGUCUCACGAUGAUGGCGAGUACGAGAGCUCGCAGCCCUCGCGCAGAAACCGCCUCAUCGGCUACACCCAAGGCCGCUUCUCCGACGACGAGCUUGCGCGCAUCGGGAAAGCCGUCGAAGGGUUCAGAGCGGAGCAAGGCCUGACCAAGGAACAGGUGAACGCGAUGAUCCAUGCGCCCGGCGGCACAACCGCGGGUGAUGAACACGCCCAGCUUUGGGUCCGCAUCUUUGCAGAGUGCCCGGACCGACACCGUCAGAAGCUCAUCAACAUUACGCGCAAGAAGUUUCACAAUUUCGUCGCCCGCGGCACGUGGACCGCGGAGCAAGAUGCCGAGCUCAACGAGCUCAUCAGCGUGCACGGGACCAAGUGGUCCAAGAUUGCUGCCCUCAUCAACCGCCACCCGGAAGACCUGCGCGACCGCUAUCGCAACUACCUCGUGUGUGGCCCCUACCAGCGCAAAGACGCCUGGGACGAGGCCGAGGAGGCGCGCCUGACGCAAUACGUCAUCGACGCCAUGGAAGCCAUCGACGAGCUGCGCAACUCGGAGCCCAACCAUCAUCUUCUCACGAGGUCUUACGAGGAGCUCAUUGACUGGCAAAACAUCAGUGAGAGAAUGGACCGGACCCGCAGCCGGCUACAAUGCAUCACCAAGUGGAAGUCGCUCAACGUUCGCGUGAGCGGCAAAGACAAGCUGCUCUCUGGGGAACCGGAUGCGCAGAUCUCGUUCCGACUGGAGAAGGCGCGGCGACAGCUGUCGGCCAUGCCCGACGAAGAAAAGUACCGUUUGGUCCUGGCCAUCCAGGGCACCGCGGUCGGCAAAGACAAAAAGGUACCCUGGCAGCGCCUGGUCGACAAGCAGUAUCGCAAUCAAUGGCACCGCGUGACUCAGAUGCUGCUCUGGCGCCGCCUGAGAGAGACGGUGCCCGGCGGGGAGACGAUGACGACGCGCGACUGCGCCCAGUACCUGAUUGACCAGUACAACCAAAACGGCGAGCUGCCCGACGUCGUCCACGACGGGUACGACGACGUGCAGGAAAUGGAAUUCGUGCAACAGAUCCCGACGUCGACGGUCGGAGUCAGCGGGACGCAGGCGCAGCGGGAGCGCGGCGAAAAGAGCUCCGAGUUUGUCACGGCGUCGGAUGCGGAGCAGGACGUUCCCGCGACCAACGGCGAGGGUGUCCUGGAAGAGCAGGAAAUUCAGAUUGACCCUGCCCUGACCGAGGCGUCCGACGUGAUGAAGAAAGCAACGCCCGCCAAGAGGACCGGUUCAGGAAAGCCACCCUCGUCGAGAAAGAGGCAGAAGAGGGCGGCCAUUGCCAACAUGGACCCCAUCGAGGACGAUGCUCAAGCUGAGCAGCAGCCGGCUGAGCAGCGAGAAAACUCGGACAUUGACGUUGAGCAAUUCCGAGCCAAGAAGACACCCAGUAAGUUCAAGUCGCGGGCCAAGGGCCAGGGCGAGGACCACGACACGUCCAAGAUGGAAGACUCGGACAGCGAUAUGGACGACAUGGAGGACCUGCCUUCCAAGGUUGUGGCAUGAUGUGGGUGUGGCAGACACUUUGUUUCUUCUCGUUUUUUGUUGAUUUGCUACGACGGCGAGAAGGACAGGCGGCACAGAUGGCAGCAGGCAACGGCCUGGCACAUUACAUGUUUAUGUCUAAUGUCAUCCGAAUGCGAGUCUCGAACCACCUUUGGCGAGCCUCGUUCGUUUAGUUUUGUAGGUGAACAACAAAUGAUCUCAUCAAGA